UUUGGAUGAAAUUCAGUCAUGUUGACAUGAUAGCUUUCAUCUACAUAUAAAAUUAUUGAUUUUCAGAUUUCAUCACCAAAUACUAAAGUCACAUUAUACAACCCUAUCUUCUGCAACUAUGAGAUCAAUAAUUUCCAGAAUUUCCCAUUGUUCAUCUUUGUUUCACCAAAACAGAGUAAUGAUUUCUUAUUCCUUUUCUUCUCAAACCCAGACUCAUAUACCUGCCCCUCGAAGAACGUCUAUCAAACUAAACACCACAGACAAUCUCAUAACUCAAUUACACAAUUUAUGUGACCAAAAACACUUAAAAGAAGCCAUUCAAAUCCUCAAUCAAAUUGAAAGACCUCCAGCUUCUGUGUACUCAACUCUCAUUCAGCUUUGCUGCCAAAACAGGGCUCUUAACGAGGGCAAAACUGUGCACAAACGCAUGAGAUACUUUGGAUUUUUACCCGGCAUAGUUAUAAGUAAUCGUCUUUUGGAUAUGUAUGCAAAAUGCGGGAGUUUGUCUGAUGCUCAGAAGGUUUUCGAUGAAAUGAGUGAAAAGGACUUGUGUUCUUGGAACACUUUGAUAUCAGGUUAUACUAAAUUGGGGAUGGUUAAGGAAGCAAAGAAGCUGUUUGAUGAAAUGCCUGAAAGAGAUAAUUUCUCAUGGACUGCGAUGAUUUCGGGUUAUGUUCGUUUUGAUAAGCCUAAAGAAGCUUUAGAGCUUUACAGGAUGCAGGAAAUGAGCUUGCUGUCAAAGUUGAACAAUUUUACUGUGUCCAGCGUGUUAGCUGCUUCUGCCGCUAUGGGGUGCUUAAUUAUAGGUAAAGAGAUUCAUGGUCGUAUAACGCGAGCUGGGUUAGAUUUUGAUGACGUUGUUUGGAGUGCUUUAAUGGAUAUGUAUGGGAAAUGUGGGAGCAUAGAUGAAGCAAGGUCAGUUUUCGACAAAUUGGUGGAUAGAGAUAUUGUUGCCUGGACUGCGAUGAUUGAUAGGUAUUUUAGGGACGGUAGGCGGGAAGAAGGGUUUGAAUUGUUUCGGCAGUUAAUGAAAUCGGGGAUAUGGCCUAACGAGUUUACCUUUGCUGGUGUUCUGAAUGCGUGUGCUGCUGCUGCUGCUGAGGAGAUAGGCAAGCAGGUUCAUGGAUACAUGACAAGGGUUUAUUUCAAUCCUUUGUCUUUCGCUGCUAGUGCUCUUGUUCAUAUGUACUCCAAGUGUGGAAAUGUUGAGAAUGCAAAAAGGGUGUUUAAUGGGAUGCCUCAACCUGAUUUAGUUUCAUGGACUUCUUUGAUCACUGGAUAUGCUCAGAAUGGCCAGCCUGACGAGGCUUUGGAGUACUUCGAGUUGUUACUGAAAUCAAAUACGAAACCCGAUCACAUUACCUUUGUCGGGGUUCUUUCUGCUUGUACACAUGCUGGAUUGGUUGAUAAAGGGCUAGAAUAUUUCCACUCAAUAAAGGACAUGCAUGGAUUAACUCAUACUGCUGAUCAUUAUGCUUGUAUAAUUGACUUAUUAGCUCGAUCUGGCCGAUUUCAGGAAGCUGAGAAUAUCAUUAGUAAGAUGCCCAUGAAACCUGAUAAGUUUCUGUGGGCUUCCUUACUUGGCGGUUGUAGAAUUCAUGGUAACUUUGAAUUAGCCGAAAAAGCUGCUAAAGCAUUGUUUGAGAUAGAGCCAGAAAAUCCAGCGACCUAUGUUACUAUGGCCAACAUAUAUGCCACUGCUGGUAGGUGGGAUGAAGUCGCCAAAAUUAGAAGGUCAAUGGAUGACAAGGGAGUGGUAAAGAAACCAGGUUUGAGCUGGAUUGAGGUGAAGAGAGAGAUACAUGUUUUCUUAGUGGGAGAUACUUCUCACCCAAAAUCCAAGGAAAUACAUGAGUUCUUAGUGAAGCUUUCUAAGCGAAUGAGGGAAGAAGGGUAUGUCCCUGACACCAAUUUUGUGCUGCAUGAUGUGGAGGAGGAGCAGAAGGAGCAAAACCUCUCAUACCACAGUGAGAAGUUAACUGUUGCAUUUGGAAUUAUUUCUACUCCUCCAGGAACACCACUCAAGGUUUUCAAGAAUUUGAGAACAUGUGUAGAUUGCCAUAAUGCCAUUAAAUAUAUCUCGAAGAUUGUUAACAGAAAAAUAACAGUAAGGGAUUCAAGCCGGUUCCAUUGCUUUGAAGAUGGAAACUGUUCUUGUAGAGAUUAUUGGUGAUUUUGAAAACUUAAUCUAACUUUUUACCAGGCUAAAAAUGCUGCUCCACUUAAAAUGCAAUUAUUCACUGUGGAAAGUCCGUUGCAUGUACAACAGAAUAGAGAAUAUAAAGUUUUGGCAUACUGAAGCUGGUCAAGUAUUCCAGCUUCAAGAAGACAAAAUAUGUUUGCUAAAUUCCUAGUUUCGUCAAGUGGAUAUAUGGUCCAGCGAUAAAGCUUGUGGUGAUUCAAUAAUGCUCGUAUUUGACUGACAGAACUCAAUCAAAUGGUUUGCUUUUAUCUUUUCUUGGUACUCUGAACUGUUACAAUCCGUUUUCUAUACUUAACUGUCUUGUUAACAGACCUAUUAUUGGGUUGAGCAGUUGAAUUGGCUCUUCUAAA